AUGAAGCCAUUUCCAAGGAAUUUUCCCUUUUUUUUCCCCAUUUUGACGCUUUUUCUGAUCCUUUUUAAGUAUGGCUUGGUUAGUGGACUGUACGAAACGAAGGCGUACGCGCUGAUUCACCUCAUGACGAACAGAAACACAUAUGUUGGGUCCAGCAAUUAUAUGGUUAAGAGCAAUUUGAUAAACCUACUGACCCUUUACAAUGACGUUAAAUUUGAAGGAGACAGUUCCACCAUAGAUGAUCUACUAGACGUGGAUGACGAAACAAAAAUUGAAAGGUUGGUGGAGGAAAAAAUGCAGACCAUCAGUAAGCAUGUGAGUUCACGACAGCUGGUUAAAUAUUCUGGGCUUAUCAACCUGUACGAAAUUGUGCAUGCAAAAAAUUUUUACUUUUUGCUGCACUUUAUUUUGAGAAAUAAUAACAAUGGCGUGGUGAUAAUCGUGCCGGAGGAUUUGCACAUAGACAGGGAGGAGUACCUGCGGGUUAACGGGGUGGCGUCCGAAAAUAGAGACACCACUGCUGGUGAAAGUGAUAACCUUAUCACGGAUGACCUGCUGGAGAAACGAAUCUUGUUCAUCCAAAAGUUCCUGCUAAAUUUUAAACUAAACCAACCAAUCUAUUUCGUGAAAAACAACAAAGAGGUGGAGCGCAUUUACCAAAACUACAAGGGCAAGUUUGGCUUCUUCGAAUUAACCAGAAAUGUAAGCAUCAUGCCACUGUCGAAAAAUCAGUACAGAAACAAAAUAAUCGCGAAAAACGUCUUCUAUUUUUUAAGCAAAGAUAAUAUUCACAUAAACUCUGUGUUUAACAAAAGCAAAAAUAGUGAAACAUUUCUCUUUACGAAAAGAAAAACAAUCGUCAUUGCCGUGGAUUACAACGUCUUUAGCAUUUUAAGUUCGCACCCCUCCCAUAGCACAGCGACAAAUACACAGGUGAUUGCCAUGACGGAGUUAAUAAAAUUAUUUUCCCAUGUUUACAAAAACGAGGACAUCAACUACAACAUCCUAUUCUUAUUCACCAACUAUUAUUUUGGCAUAGAUCAUUUUUUCGAUUCGAUGAAUGUCAUAUUUAGGGAAAACAUCGAAUUCGUUUUAGCACUGGACAGUAUAAACGAUGUGAAUUUUUUUAUUCACCAAAGUAAGAAGUUACAGCCGGAUCAUGUGCAGCGUUUUUACAAUAUACUAAAAGGAGUGGUGAUGAAAAAUCUCCAGAAGGAGAUCCAAUUGAGGGAAGAAAAUAUAAAAACCCAUAGCAAACAUCUGCCAAGGUUGCACGAAUAUUUCGAAUUAAAAAAUAUAGACAGUAUUACGUUAAGCGCGAAGGAGCUGACCUUAAGUUUUAUUCACAAGACACCCUUGAUAGAGCAGAAGAUAAAACCAGAACAGGUGUCCGCUCAUAUCAGAAAUAUAUUCGAGGCGUUGUAUGUGUAUGUAAAAUCGUCCAAGGAGGAAAAUUCAAAUGAGAAGGACCUGCACAAUGAUGUGCUUAAGUAUACCAACCAGAUGAUAGGCACUGAAGAAUUUAUCCAACUAAAUGAAAGCCUUAACAAAUUUAUGAAAUUUUUUGUGUACCAGGAGGAGGUGGCCAAGUUCAUUAAUCACGUGAAGAUGAUGAUCGAUCCGUUUGUCACCGACUCGAAUUUUCUCAUCAUGGAUUAUAAAAUCCCACACGAUAAGAAACAGAAAUAUUUUCAUCAAAAGAGUGCCAUCAUUACCUUUUCCAUGGCAAUUUCGUACAUUUUUCACUAUCUCCAUUUUUUGGUAGUCGCCCUCUUUUUAGCACUUGUCUACAUUUUUGUAAAUUUCCACGCGGUCCCUUCGUUUUACAAAGCGAAGGCUGCAUAG